AAGGGGGCGAUUUGUUCCGGAGGCCGAGUAAGGAGGGGGAAUGUGUGUGAUCUUCCUCACAGUGCAGCUAAGGACAGGCUCAGCUUGGUCUGCGCUGUACAGGUGUUUCCCUGCUUCCUGUCAUCCCUGACCUAAUCCAGCAUACCUGGAGGCAGGUAAUAAAGGGCCCAGGAAAGGAACCACGUGGUGCAGUGCAGCUCUGCCUUGGAGAGGUUUUAGCAGGAGUGUCUAGCAAGCCCGGCAGGAGUCCAGCGCUUUGCUUCCCAGGAGCAGAGCGGAGCGGAGCGGAGCCAUGCCCAGGCCAGCCCUGGGGAAAGGCCCAGCGCGCCUGCAGGAGCCCGACGGCACGCGAGAAGAGCUCCAAGGGGUGGCUGUCUCAGGGGCUCACCUCCUGGGAGCUGGGCAGGAGCUGUGGGCACCCCAGGCUGGCGAGGCCACCGCCUGCCCGAGCGACCCGGCGGAGGCUAAGCUGAGGAAGAGGAGCAGGCCAGUGCGCUCCAAGGCGAGGAGGAUUGCUGCCAAUGUCAGAGAGCGGAAGAGGAUCCUGGACUAUAACCAAGCCUUCAACGCCCUGCGGCUGGCCCUGAAACAUGACCUCAACGGCAAGAGACUCUCCAAAAUCGCAACCCUGCGAAGAGCCAUCCACAGGAUCGCCUCCUUGUCCAUGUCCCUGCAUGCCAGCCCGGGGCGGAGGUGGCCCUGUGCCCACACAGAAUGCCGCACCUGGUACGACGGGCCCCGCCAGGAGGAGAGCGGUAAGGGCAUCCGGGCCCAGUUCACCCACUUGCCCCCGGAGCACUGCUACCCAGAUGCUCCCAGCUUCCAACACUGCCCUCCCUCCCCGCCGUAUCCCAGGUAUUCCCCUGAGCCUCCGCUCCAGUCCCACUAUGGAAGCCCGAAGAAGGAUCCUUUUAUAGCCAGCCCUGCCUAUUACUCCAGUGGGAACUACUACCUCGGGGUCAGAGCCAUCUGCCAACAAACACACCUGGACAACUUCCGAGAUUCUCUCCCCGGGCCAGUCCCCUGGCAGCUGGGGUAUAGCCAAGGCUCCGGGUAGCAGCAGUCUCUCCCCAGGCACUGAACGGGAUUCCUGACACCUCUCCCAGCCGGACAGGACAAACCAAACCGGGGACACAAAGCGCUGUCUGCUGGGGAGUGCGGUGCCAUGAGGGGAGCCCAGGACAGGGUUCUCAGCGUUGCUGGCGCAGCUGAGCACACAUGCCCUCUGCAAUCCAAGGAACGCAGGAAAACUGGGAGCAGCCGGAAGUGGAUGCUUUGUAUUUACUCUAGCAGGAGUUCAGACUAUUUAACUCUGCUGUAAAUCUAAGGUUUCCCUUCUGCAGUUCUUCCUGUCUCAACCCUUAUUUAUUCUCUCUCUCUUUCUUUCUGAGGAAAUGUGAGUUUAAAAAAACCAGGGCAUUUAUUCAGCGUUGGCAAAAUGGCUCCCCCGACCAUAUUAAAACUCUUUCAUUGUAUGGCA